UGGUCAGUUAUCACUAGCCACAUUAAAGUGUCUCAUUCUGUAACAAUUCUUAAACCCAUAAGAGAGACUCUCUCUCUCUUUCUCUUCUCAUAGUCUUUCUUUCACAAUCUUGAUCUAUCUCCUUCAAUCUUCUCCUGCUAAAGAUGCUGCUAAAACUAGCCGGAGUUUCUGCAUGGAUUUUCUACACCAUCUUUAUUCUUUUGGGUUUUGUUAGUGCUGAGGAUCCUUAUAGGUUCUUCAACUGGAAUGUCACCUAUGGUGACAUAUACCCCCUCGGUGUUCGUCAACAGGGAAUUCUUAUCAAUGGCCAAUUUCCAGGGCCUGAGAUAUACUCAAAUACCAAUGACAAUUUAAUCAUAAAUGUGCAUAACAGCUUAAAAGAACCAUUCCUUUUGUCAUGGAAUGGGAUUCAGCACAGAAGAAAUUCUUAUCAAGAUGGAGUGUAUGGAACCACAUGCCCUAUCCCACCAGGCAAGAACUUCACCUACACACUACAGGUGAAAGAUCAGAUUGGUAGCUUCUUCUACUUCCCAUCUCUUGCAUUUCACAAGGCAGCUGGUGGCUUUGGACCCAUCAAAAUCCUCAGCAGGCCUAGAAUUCCUGUUCCAUUUCCUGAACCAGCUGGGGAUUACUCUAUUCUCAUUGGAGAUUGGUACAAGGCUAAUCACACAAACUUGAAGGCUGUCUUAGAUCGUGGUCACAGGCUUCCCUCCCCCAGUGGCAUUCUAAUCAACGGUCGAGGACCAAAUGGUACUUCUUUCACUGUUGAACAAGGAAAAACUUACAGGCUUAGGAUUUCAAAUGUGGGUCUUCAAAGUACACUCAACUUCAGAAUUCAGGGACACAAGAUGAAGCUUGUUGAAGUUGAGGGCACUCACACAAUCCAAACCACCUAUUCAGAGCUUGACAUCCAUGUGGGCCAAUCUUAUUCUGUGCUAAUCACAGCUGAUCAGCCAGCUCAGGACUACUUCAUUGCAGUCUCAAACCGAUUCUCUACCCGGGUCAUCACCACCACAGGAACCCUUCGCUACAGUAACUCCAAACGACCAGUUUCCGGCCCAAUUCCCGGAGGACCAACCACCCAAAUUGAUUGGUCUAUAAGGCAAGCUCGGUCAAUCAGGACUAACCUUACUGCAAGUGGACCAAGACCAAACCCACAGGGAUCAUACCACUAUGGUCUAGUUAACAUUACCAAGACUAUCAAACUAGAGAGCUCUGCUGCUCAAGUUGAUCGCAAGCAAAGAUAUGCAGUUAAUAGUGUGUCUUUUGUCCCAGCUGACACACCCCUUAAGAUUGCAGACUACUUCAAGAUAAAAGACGUUUUUCGCGUUGGAAGCAUCUCAGAUAGUCCCCCUUAUAAAAAGAUGUACCUUGACACAUCAGUCAUGGGUGCUGAUUUUAGAGCCUUCGUUGAGAUUGUGUUUCAAAACCAUGAGAACAUUGUUCAGAGCUGGCACAUUGAUGGAUACGCGUUCUGGGUUGUUGGAAUGGAUGGAGGAGUGUGGACACCAGCUAGUCGAAAACAGUACAAUCUAAGAGAUGCAGUUUCACGAUCCACCACACAGGUAUAUCCCAAGUCAUGGACUGCUAUUUACAUGGCACUUGAUAAUGUGGGAAUGUGGAAUGUGAGAACUGAGUUUUGGGCUCGGCAAUACCUUGGACAACAAUUUUAUCUCCGCGUAUACUCACCCGUUGAGUCAAUGAGGGAUGAAUAUCCAAUUCCAAAGAAUGCUCUUCUCUGUGGCAAGGCUGCAGGCAGAGAAACAAGACCUCUUUAAGCAAAAAAGCUGAAGAAGAAUGAAUUAACCAUUACAAUUAUAUAUAAUCAACCUCAACUUGGGGUUGCAUUCUUUGCUACAAAGUUUUGCUUGGUUUAUAAUUAUGUAAAAUUAUUGUUCCAGCAAUAAAUUCUUGUAUUAGAAUUUUUUUUUUUAGCAUUUAAUUGGAUACAAUCUAGUUUUGAUGAAUAAACUAGAUAGAAUUUUCUCUGUAAACGUUUACCAACUCAUUUUGCUGUGUUUAUUAAAGCAAGCUUGUGGCAAAACAAAGGAUUAUAUUGUUAUAAGCCUUUCUUGGGCGUUUCUUA